AUGAUGACUAGAUCGAUUCUAGUAUGGAUUCUAUUAUUGAUCGAUAUAACAAUAAGUCAAAUUCCAAACCCUGAUCAAUAUCGAUUUACAUUGACAACGAAUGGUAUUGUUCAAGAACGUUACGCUAUCGAUAUGACUGCGGGUAAAAUGUCUCGAAUGUGGUUCUCAAAUACUGGCGACGAAGAGUUCAGUGGAAAUCAAGACAUCUAUGUACGUGAUGACAAGCUUACCUAUUUAUUCAAUUUUAUGUCGCAACCACGUCAAUGUAUUGCUAAUAAAGUAGGACCGCCUAAUGAAAUGUUCUAUUGGUCAAAUCUCGUUCGAUCAUGGGGUGGUGAAAAAAAAAUUUAUGAUGAAUUAAUAUUUGAUGCUGAUUGUGAUGGUACUUGUUUGACAUGGAAAGUCGAAGGAAAUUCUACCUAUGAACAUGAACAUUAUCAUUACAUUACUCGAUUGUAUGUGAAAAAAGCCGAACAGAAACCAAUUAAACUUGUUAUGAAAACCUUCGAUCUUGAUACAGGAAAAUUAAUAUCAUCAAGUGACACAAGAUUUCUCAAUUGGAUAACAGGUCCCGUACCUGAUUAUGAAUUUGAUUAUCCUAUGGAUAUUAGUACGUGUUAUCCGACGUAA